AUGGAAUACAAGUGCAGAUCAUGUCACGGAUGUCAGUUAGUUAGUCAACCAGAACAUCCGGAACCUAUCGAGUCAACAAAAUUGCCGUCAGAACCAUGGCAGGCAUUAGCAGCAGACUUACUGGGACCAUUACCAGAUGGGAGUUACAUAUUUGUGGUAGUGGAUUACUAUAGUCGUUAUUUCGAGAUAGACAUUUUGAAAACAACUACUUCAGAAAAACUGAUAGAAAGCAUGGAACGGGUGUUUUGCACACAUGGGUAUCCGGAAACGCUGAAAACUGAUAAUGGUGAACAUUUCGUGUCCAAAGAAUUUGAAGCAUAUUUGUCUGAUCAUGAUAUUGAGCAUAAAAGAACGACUCCAUUGUGGCCUCAAGCCAACGGAGAAGUGGAAAGACAAAAUCGUACUUUGCUGAAAGUCAUGCAGAUUGCACAAGCUGAGAGAAAAAAAUUGGAAACUAAAACUUCAUCAAUUCUUACUAGCAUACGGAUCAACUCCUCACAGUACAACAGGAGUAAGUCCAUCAGAGUUGAUGUAUGGAAGAAAUAUUCGUACUAA